CUUGAAUCCAUUGUCCCUUCGACAUUAUGCAGGCCGUUUAUACAGGCGACGCGAAGAUGCCUCGAGCCUCACUCCGUCCCCGGGAGUCUGCUCACCUUUUCUUUUUCUCUGACCCUCUCCAUGUUUGCUGGUCUCCCUGUGGGUGCCUUCCUCGCUGCGCUGCUCGUUCUUGUCCCCCUGCCCUGGCAUUGGCAAGCUCGUAACGUCGCCACGCUCUCCAUUAUUGCAUGGCUUUUCGUCGUCAACAUAAUCUACGGUAUUAACGCUAUAAUAUGGGGCAGUGAUGCCAUAAUCAGGUUCGCACCGUGGUGCGACAUCGUUACUAAAAUACAGAUUGGAUCCAACGUUGCGUUGCCUGCUGCCUGUUUCUGUCUGGAUUGGAACUUGGCCAGCGUCGCCUCUAUCAACCGGGUCCGAAUUACUACUCAGGAUAGACGCAGGCGCCGUAUCUUCGAACUCGUGAUUUGCUGGGGAGUACCUGCUGUGUAUAUGACAUUACAUUAUAUCGUGCAGGGUCACAGGUUCGACAUCGUCCAGGGAUUCGGCUGUCGACCGACUACAUACGUCUCCUGGCCGGGCGUACUAAUUAUCUGGGUCAUCCCCCUUCUCUUUACUCUAGCAGCGUGCCGAUUCGCAGGUCUCGCCUUAUAUUACUUCAUCCUCCAACGAGCCAUGUUCUCCAAGCACCUACAGAGCACCAACUCUGGACUUACCCCAAGUCGGUACCUGCGCCUCCUGGCGCUGUCCCUCGCCGAAAUGUUCUGGGGCCUCCUUGUCACCAUCCUCAACAUGCGCUUUUCGCUGCAGGCGGGGCUGCGUCCGUGGAUCUCCUGGGAAAACGUGCAUUCCGACUUCUCGCGCAUCAACCAGUACCCGCUGCUUGCGAUACCGAGCACGGCGCUGUCGUGGACGCUGUUCCUCUGGUGGACCGUACCGGUGUCGGCGAUGCUGUUCUUUCUCUUUUUCGCCUUUGGGGAAGAUGCGAUGAGGGAGUAUCGCGCUGCCGUCGGGUGGGUCCGCCGGACUGUCCUUCGCCAGAGCGUACAGAGCGAGAAUAAGUAUCCAUUCUCGAGCUCAUCUCACUCUACGUAUGUGCACCCCCCCUCUCUCGCCCUUGUCUCAUUCACAUUUCUCCUUCCAGUCUCCCAACACGCCCCAAGAGCCCGCUGGUCAUCUCUAUCGGCCACGAAAAGCCCGUCAUCGAGACAGCGUUCCCUACGCCUACUUCGAGCACCGCCUCGGACUUUCAAGAGACGAAAGCUGAACUACCCAUCCCGCUGUCUCCCGUGUUCCUUGCCCAGUCGAUGCGCUGCCCGUCCAGCAUGA